AUGGCUUCCAAGAAGGAUAUGCGGAGGGUGGACCUCGUGAUCCCCUACGUGGCGCCCCCGAACAAGAAGAAUGAUGUCGACAUGUCUAGCACGAUGUCGAGUACUCUACCAAUGGCUGCGAUGUUCACCAGGAAUAGGGCUUCCUUCGUCUUCGCACUUCAGUCAUGGCUCGCUGAAAGCCCCGACCAGAAGUCAACCGCGUCGACGCCUGCCUAUAUGACGGUUCUCAUGGCGUUGAUGGCCUUGGUAGUUGUAUACCCCUUCGCCGAAGCUGACGAAGACACCGGCGAGACUAGAACGUCUCAAAGCUACAUCCAUAUACGAAUUCAACAGCGCAAUGGCCGAAAGACCUUGACCACGGUCCAGGGUCUCCCCAAGAAGUUUGAUCAAAAGAAGAUUCUCAAGGUGGUCAAGAAGGAGUUCGCGUGCAAUGGCACCAUCGUCAACGACACCGAGAUGGGUGAGGUGAUUCAGUUGCAAGGAGAUCAGCGCAAGGUUGUCUUGAACUUCUUGACCGAGGACGAACAAGGCCUCAAGCUUGACGCCAAGACCGUCAAGGUCCAUGGCUUCUAG